AUGACUGCUGAAUCAUCAUCGUACACUUCUGUAAAAGAUAAAGUAGUAGUUAUCACAGGCGGCAGUCAAGGCAUUGGUAAGGCAAUUGCUGAUGCUCUGAUUGAUAAUGGUGCCAAGGUUGUCAUAGGAGAUAUACUGGAACAGAAAGGACAAGAGGCAGUAGCUGCAUACAAUAAAAAAGCUGGCAGCAAAGUAGCAGUAUUUAUUCGUACUGAUGUCACAAAGUACGAAGAUAAUCUUGCACUGUUUAAAUUGGCAGAUACAGAGUUUGGAAAAGUCGAUCACGCGUUGCUAGGUGCAGGAAUUGCUACAAAUGCCAACUCUAACUUUACCGCCUUGGAUGAUCACCUUGAAACAAAUAUUUUUGAUGUCAAUGUUACAGGCCUUAUCAAAGGAACCAAGGUUGCUCUCUUAUAUAUGGCAAAAAGGGGAGGUGGAUCCAUUGUUCACAUAGCUUCAGUUGCAGGGUUCUACUCAUCUCCAGGACUGUCCAGUUAUAGUGCCUCCAAGCAUGCAGUUGUAGGCUACACCCGAUCAUUCCAAUUGAUGCCGCAUAUUUGUAAUGUUCGUGUGAAUGCUCUUUGUCCAUAUUGGGUUGAAACUGACCUUAUCCGAAGUGUAUCCAAUGCCACUGCAGAAGACGACCUACUCUACGCUGACAUUGUGAAAAAUUCACCUCGUACUCCCAUGAGUACUGUGAUUGAUGCUUUUUUCACUCUAAUCACAGAUGAGUCACGAAACACCCAAACAUUGAUGGCUCUGCCUGAUGGUCUUGAGAUAAUGACCCCUCCCGUACCGUUAGCAUCAUUUGGUGGAGAAGCUACCAAAGCAGCUCAUGCAAGAUAUGUAGAGCGUGCUAUUGUUGUCGGCAAACAGAGAGUUGCCGAACAAAUUGAGAAGUAUGGCAUUUAA